CAUAGGUCAGGCACCACUGCGGAAACUUGUUGACAUUUCUCCAGAGUUAACAUCACCAGACGUCACGGUGGCUGGCUCCAUUCUUGUCUCCAAUCAUGCGGAGCGAUCGACAUGUCGCGUGCGCUAUGGAUGUCACAGCGAUGAAAAUCAAUGAUUUUUCUGUCUCAAAAUCACAGUCAUCUAUACACCAUGGAUUGGAAGAUGAACCUUGAUGUAAAUGGCUACAAAGGCAUCACGACGCCGUUAUCAUCGGUUUGUUUUAAUACACUGUCAAGUUGAUGCCUCGAUGAUCUACUCCAAAAACCAGAACAAUGGAGAAAACUGGUGUUCUCCGAUGACGUUACUGAGGAUAACCUGGAUUCAAUUUAUAUUGUGAGUCACGCCUGUUGGUUGGUACGAAAUGACGUCUUUCGUAACAAUAAACCGUAAAAUGUUCGUCAUGACAAUAACAUCAACGAUAAUCUGCCUGUACUUUUGUGUGGGUAUAUUAGUCCCCAAGGAACAACCACCGGAUGCACCUCUUAUUAACUUUACUACCAACUUUUCAUAUCCUCUGGAUAUAGACAUGGUCAAGCUUGUCUCCGAUUAUCGGAAUGGACAUAUCAUUACUGACGAGGUCAUCAACCCUUUUCCAUACGAGUUCAUCAGGAACCCAUCGCACAAAUGUAAACUGAGUAAGGAAGAGGUCAAAGUUCAAGACAAAGUCUUUAUCUUGUUCAUGGUGAAAUCAGCUUACGGAAAUAGGCGGUAUCGAGACGCCAUUCGUCAGACAUGGGGACGCGAGGGGUAUCUAAGAUAUUUUAAUAUCAAAACUGUAUUCACUGUCGGAGUUCCGAAAGACCGAAGUCAGAUCGAACGUAUAAAAAACGAAAGUGAUCUAGUGAAAGACAUACUCCAAGUCGACCAUAUCGACAGUUAUUUUAAUAACACAUUAAAAAUGAUGGCAGAGUUUAAGUGGGUUGUGAAGUUUUGUCAAAAUGUCAAAUAUGUUGUUUUUAUAGAUGACGAUUAUUUCGUAUCGCCGGAAUCUCUGGUAAGCAUGCUUGAAUAUUCACAGAACGUGAGGGAUACAAAGCUUCUGUACAUGGGACAUAAAGUCUCUAAAUCAAAACCGAUCCGAGACAAACGAAACAAGUGGUAUGUCUCGCAUUCGGAGUAUCCGUACGAUAUGUACCCAGACUUUAUCAAUGCUGGGACUAUCAUUAUGUCUAUGGAGUUUGUCAUUGAUGCUCAAAUCGCCAUGAUGUACACAAAACUGUUCCGUCUCGAUGAUAUAUUCCUAUCUAUUGUGGCCAAAAAGCUACAAGUGAAGGCCUUUGGAACGAAACGUGUGUUUAACAGAAACGUGAUGCCUUGGGACACAUUAAACUUCGAGUUUCUCGUGACUGCCCAUCAUUACAAACCUUUCGAUGUACAAUGGCUUUGGAGGCGACAUGGACGUAAGAAAAAUACGGAUAUACAUCCACGACCUAAUUAGACUUCUGUGUGCAAUGUAAACAAUGUAAGUGAAUUGUCUUUAAGUACUAUUCUACGAUCGAUUGUGUGUGACAAGAAAUUCAUCGAAAAUUUGAUCGUUUAACCAAUACGUGUCUGUAUUGCUUCACAUCGUAUCUACAGCUACAUGAUCAUUAAGGGUUUUUUUUAAUCUCAAUACAAUGAUUUGGAGGGAAAACUUUGUGUUUCGUUAAAUUCAAAACAAUGAACUAAAGCCAC